AUGAUCCACCCUGUUCACCAGACCAUCACUCAUCCCAUUGUUGCACACGUAAUAUACUUUUCAGGCCACAAAGGAGAGGUGAAUUGUUGCGCAUUCUAACCUGACUGAUAACCUGAUCUCAUGCUCAUAUGCUCAGAUGACAUUCGUCUUUACCUGUGGAGAGCAUCUAAUGGGAAACUUGUGGCCAAAAUCCAUGGAUCCCGGGCCACAAGCUCAUGGGAUCACGCUGUAAAAUUGUGGUAUGUCAGUGUAGAUGAGGAGGUCAUGACCUUAACAGGACAUCAGGGGAUUGCAUCCGGUUCAUGGGAUGGAAGUGUGUGGUUACUGCAGAGGCGUGAGUGUCUAUGGGCUGACCGUGUGUACGUGAAGUGUGUGGCUUUCUAUAAAAAAAUUAAAGUCUGGGACAUGGCAGACAGCAGGUGUGUAAACUGUUUACAGGGGCACAUAGAAUCCGCAUAUGGGUGUGUGUUCAGCCCUUGUGGUGUCCUGCUCACCCGUGGCAUAGACCAACCGGACCACGACGAGGAUGGAAAAGAGGACGGGAAGGAAAAGAAAGCGGAGCAAACCCUUGAAAGACAGGUAGAACAUGUUAGCUCUGCACACACAGGGUUGAGGUCAAGAAACAAACCCCCAUAUACCCAAACACAGCGUACACUACAAAUGAUAUACUAUGAGUGGAUAUUAUAACAAGGAUUGAAUAAUUCAAGAU